AUGGCGAAAAAGAACGCAUAUCCAAGCCCAGAGUCAAUAAACUUUAUUGAAACAAUUGAUGAAGUUUAUAAUAGUGUUUUGCUUAUUGAUCAAUCGAAUGUUCAAUCAGUUUUUGAUAAAAUUAAGAAUCAUCAAAUUUUAAAUCUUCCGAAUGGAAUACAGAUGAUCGUUUCAAUAGUUUUAAAUACAUUUAAGAACGUACAAAAAUCAAGAACAUCUUUAAUAUCACUCAUUAAAUCUCUAAUACAAAUCCAAAAUUUCAAAGAACUCUUAUUACAAAGAGCAUUUGCUUUUGAUUCAGUAUAUGUGACAUUUUCAUCUAAUAGAGGCAACUUUAUACUUAUCGCAAGACUCAUUGAUGAAGGAAUUUUACAAGCACAAGACACCUUUCCUUAUUUACAGCAUUACGUAAAGCUUGCCGAUGAUUAUUAUCCUCAUGCCGCUCUUCUUUAUUACACAUUUGCACCAGAAAUUUCAACAAAUUCAGAAUUGAAUACCGAAUUUACAAAAGCAGCAGAGUUUAUUCAUAAAAACAACUUGUAUGACUUUCAUUUCCAGAAGUUACAUGAAUCAUUUUCUCUUUUAAGCAAAGAUUCUUUCUCAUUACUAAAAAAGUAUCGUGACCAAGGUUUCAUGGACAUGUCAACAGAAGCAAUUGUCCAUAAUGAUGCAGUAGGUGCUCUUUCAUAUAUUGAAAAUUUGAAUGAAUCAUUGGAAUGUUCAAUUUUCGAACCAUCUCCAUUUUUAGAAAAUCAUCCAACACCAUUAAUGUUGAGUGCUUUUUGUGGCUCUUCUGCUAUUUUCAACGAUCUUGUUGCCAAAACAGAUAUCAAUGGCUCUAACCCUGAUGGUUACACAGUUGCUCAAUUCGCUGCAGCAGGUGGACAACUAGAAUUCCUUAAGAAAUUAAAUGAAAUGAAAGCAGAUUUCAAAGGUUGUCUUCAAAUUGCAAUUCUCAAUCAUCAGAAAGAAGUUUAUGAUUAUUUAGUAAAUGUCAUCAAGAUACCACUUAAUAACAUGCAUCCAAGAUUCUCAACACCAUUAGUAAGUUCAAUAUUUGCUGAUAAUGUUGAUGUUUUUCUUUCAUUUGCUAAAAAAGAUAAAACUGUUGAUGCAAAUGCAAAAGAUAAAACAUUUAUGACGCCAAUACAUCAAGCAAGUGGACAUGGAUCAAUCUGUAUUCUUCAAGCAUUGCUAAUGUUCCCGAAUGCUAAUGUCAAUGCUAAAGAUAAGAAUGAAUCAACACCACUUAUCGAAUCUGUUUCUAGAAGUCAAAUUUCAACUUUGAAAGUUCUUUUACAAAAUGACAAACUUGAUGUCAAUGCAAAAGAUAAGAGAAUGCAGGCAGCAAUACAUAUUGCAGCUACAAAUGGAGAUACAGAGAUAAUUGAAACACUUCUUUCUGACAAAAGAACAGAUGCAAACAUUGGAAAUAGACUUGGAAAUACUGCAAUGAUAUUGGCACUUGAAAAUAAACAUACUUCAACAGCAAUUACAAUGACUAAGUUUGAUAAUGUCAAAUCAGAUGCAAGGAAUACACUUGGUGUUGCUCCUAUUCAUGUUGCAGUUGAACGUAAUUACGAAGAUGUCGUCAAGACAUUGAUUGAAAAGAAAGUUGACAUCAAUGUUUUGACAAAGAAAGGUAAAAAAGCACCAUUACAUACUGCAUGCGAACUUGGAUUUAUUCCGAUUAUUAAUUUGUUACUUUCUCAACCGAAUAUUAAGGUCAAUAUCAAGAAUAGUGAAGGAUGGACUUCACUACAUUAUGCAGCAGAAUACAGUCAUCUUGAAGCUGCAAAAUUGUUAGUUUCCAAAAAUGCAGAUAUCAAUGCAUUAAAUAUUGGAAAUGAAACUCCUCUUCAUUUCGCACUCCAAGCACAACUACCUGAUGUUGCUGAGUACCUUCUAUCUCUUCCGAAUAUUGAUGUUAAGACAUCAUCAGUUGAAGGAUGGACAUCUUUGCAUUUUGCAGCAAACAAUGGAUAUUUCAACAUUUGUGUUAAGUUGAUUGAAAUGUAUAGAGAAGCUGUUAAUAGCGUUACAAGUAAAGGAAAGACACCUCUAUUUUGUGCAGCACAAACAGGAAAAGAUGCGAUUAUGAGACUUUUGAUUGAAAACGGUGCAGAUCCAGCUGCAAAAGAUAUCGAAGAAAAGACACCUCUUCAUUAUGCAUCAGAGAAUGGACAUAUUGAAGCAAUGAAUUAUUUGUUGCAACAGAAAUCUGUCGAUGUUAAUGCAAAAGCAUUUGAACUUUUAACUCCACUCCACUUAGCUGCAAGAUAUAACAGAACAGAAGCAAUGAAAAUCUUGCUUUCAAACAAAAAUAUUGAACCUAAUUGCAAAACAGAAGAUGGAAUAACUCCUUUCAAAUACGCUGUGAUGGCACAUGCUGAUGAUUGCAUCGCAAUUCUUAAAUUAGACGAAAGAAUUAAACAAUAA